AUGGCAGAGGACGACAAUGUUUACCAAUUCCUAAAAGUAGCAAUUCAAAGCAAACUCUGGAAGAAACAUGGAAACAAUCCAAGAGUUUCAAGACUCCUCGGAGUAGCGUCCAACUUAUCUGUUGUUGGAAAAAUCAUCCUAUGUAAAGACAAAGUGAUUCCACCUCUGAGCAGUCGAAGAUUUGUCGAGCCAAAGCACACAAAAUUAGGGACUCGGGAGAGACCCGCACGCUGAAACUUCUUCAAGAAAAGAUUUGGUUUCCUGGAAUUGCUAUACUCUGCAAAGAAGCUGUACAGAAUUAGCUGAGUGCAUAUGCUCGCGAUAAAGGAUUUAUUCACAAACCGGUAAAAUCCAGAUAUCCGAGAGGAAACGGUGAAAAAGAUGGAGAGAAUUGCAACACAAGAAAGCAAGAAAUAUUAUGCUCUCAUUGAAGGAAUGUUAAAUGCUUACCUUGCCAUACCGCAUCCUGCCAAAGGAAAAAGUCCAUUCGAGCUCAUGUUUGGGAGAAAGGUGCGACUUGAAGUAUUGCCAGAGAUAUCGGAAAAACCAACCUGA